GAUUAUUGAAUGACCAUGUCCCUUCAGAGUGUUGCUGGUGUUGUAACCGGUAGGGGACUUUUGUAUUGCUUGCAAUAUUUUGAUAAUUGCUUGUUCGUCAAUUGUUAUCCAGUGAUUGAUGACGUGUUAGGAAAAGAACAAACACUCAGUAAACAGCUACUUGAUGUAAAGAGAUAUCAGGAAUGCCUUGGUCGUCCCGAGGGAGAAGUAGCAGAGAGAGUAUUACGCCUUCCUGAAGACCUUGUUCUUAAAAAUGUUGAUGCCCAAAAAUUAAAGUUUUUUAAACAUUCCAAUGCUAAUCGUAUGGCAAUACAAACACAACUUGACUCUUGUCAUGCUACAAUUGUUUGGCCAGAAGAAGGUGGAGAAGUUAUUUUAAAAUGCACAUUGACACAUGAGGUCAAAGACUGCUUCAAAUUAAUAAAAACAUGGAAAAACACAGCAGAGAAAAAUUUUGAAGACAUUAUGAAACUUAUCAUAGUGAAAAAGGUGCAGAUAUUGCAGGAUAUAUGGGGGAAGGUGAUGGAGGAACUGCAGAAGUUCAAUAUAGAAAAUCCUGAAGCAGUUGCUAUAUUUGUAAAUAAGAAUGAAGGUGUUAUAACAGUGGCCGGAAAUAAGAAAGUAGCUGAAGAUCUUUCAACAAAAAUUGAACAUAUGACAAAUGAAGUUAUGGCGGAAGUAGAAAAAGAGUGUAAAGAAAUAAAAGAAACCAUCACAACCUUGAAAAAUAUUGAAACAAGAAUGCUUUUAGCUGAUAAAUUUCCUACAGAAAUGGAAAAACUUUUCCCGGACCUGAAAGUUAAGAUGAAUCAGAACAAAAAUGAAAUUCUCUUUGAAGGGCCACUAGGGCAGGUACGAGAUGCUAAAUUGAAGAUGUAUGAAUUGAGGACCGGUUUCGCUAUAGAUCGCUCUGAGAAAAUAUCAGAACUUGCCGCAGGAUUGUUAGUACUUAAGCAGACCAAAGAACAUGUGGUAAAAAAACUUAAAGCAUCUCGUGUCACAGCAGUUUGGGACACUGUUGAGGGAUAUUUAGAAGUAUACUGCACGUCCCAAGAUCAGAUCCAGCUUUGUGUUGAUGUCAUUCGAACAUCUGUUAUUGAACAUACCGUACCCUUAAGAAAAGCUGCAAAAACUGUGGUUAACUCUGAAAAGUGGCAAACUAAAGUUGAUGAAUUGCAUGGAUACCAUCCAGGAAAAUGUAUGAUAAAAGUUUCUGAGGAUUCUUGUAAAGUUCAGAUUUGUGCAACAGACGACAUAGCAAAGGAGAUUUUAGAUAAUGUUAAAAUUUUCCUAUGUCAAAACACAGUCGUUGAAGCCAAAGUUCCGUGCACAAAAAAUGUCCAUCGUCUGAUUGAGAGGCAUCACAAAAACGAAAUUUCAAACAUAGCUAAGGGUUUGACAAAUUACAAUGUACAGAUAUCUUCAGUUGCAGAAUAUGGGGGGUUUGAAGUUUGUGGGACUGAAGAUGGCCUUCAUCAAGCUUUGCAACAACUUCAACAACUACUACAGAAAGUAAAACAGAAAGAACAUAUUAUGACUAAACCUGGUUUAAGUAAGCACAUGCAAACACCAAAAGGAAAAGACAACCUUAAUACCAUCGAGAGUAUGCAUCACUGUGUAGUGGCAGUGAAAGGUGAUUAUGAUGAGGACGAAAUAAAUGACAAUCCAUAUGAGAGCGUUCCUAUAGUUAGUGAUGUCAGGGUUAACAUUGGAGUAAAAGGAGUGAAGAUUGUGGCCUACAGUAAAGUGUAUGAUUGUAGAAAUGUAUAUACGAUGCAGGGGGAUAUGACAGAACUAACUGUGGAUAUGAUAGUGAAUUCAGCAGAUGAUAAACUUAGCUUGACUGGAGAGUUAGGAAAUGCUAUUGUCAAGAAAGGUGGUAAGAAUAUCCAAAAAGAAUGUGCUGCCUAUAUAAGAGAGAAUGAUAGGUUAGAUGACGGCGAUGCAUUUGUUAGUACUGCUGGAUCGCUUAAGGCAAAUGCUAUUGUACAUGUAAGAGGACCGGUUUGGCGUGGCGGCAUGAAGCAGGAAGAUGAGAUGCUAAAAGAAGCUGUAUUUAAAUGCCUACAGCAGGCUUCUACUAGAGAUCUGACAUCAGUUGCCAUACCCGCCUUAAGUUGUGGCACAUACGGAUACCCUGUAAGAAAGGCUACCGCUGUAAUAGUGGCAGCUGUGAAGAACUUCUUCCGUGAAGUUCAAGAAAGCACUGUGACGGAUAUAUACUUGUGUGACAUGAAGUCAAAUACAGUUGAAGCAUUCAAUGAAGCUAUGAGCAAUGAAUUUGGUGCAACGAAUGUGAAGAAAUAUGUUGACAAUCUGGAUUCAAUAAGGCAACCAUCUAAGAGAUUUUCAACAGGAGCUGACUCGGAUGAUGAAAAUCCCUAUAUAAAACCAAUGGACACAGACGAAGAGGAUGAUGACUACUACCAAAGCUCAAGUAAUUUAGCGCCACCUAGUGGAAAAGCACCACCUUUGCCAAAGGGUAGACCACCACAAAAAACAACUACAAUAGGAAAUAUUUCCGUAUGUGUGGUAAAGGGAGAAAUUGCGAAACAAAAAGUUGAUGUAAUAGUGAACACUACAGCUAAAAAUCUGGAUUUGAAGAAUGGCGCUGUUUCUGCCUCCUUAUUGAAAACUGGUGGUAUGGAACUGCAGCAAGAAGUGUCCAAGAAGUAUCCGAAUGGUAUAAAGGAUGGUGAAAUAGCUGUAACUUCUGGUCAGAGUCUUAAGUGUGAUAUUGUUGUACAUAGUUCUUUGGCAAACUGGGACGGGAAAAAAGAUACUCAAUGUAAACAGGCAUUACAUAAACUUAUGAAAGACUGCAUGGACGAGGCCGAGAAUCAAGGCAAGACCAGUAUAGCUUUUCCAGCCAUUGGUACAGGUAACCUCGGAUUUCCGCGUGACAUCGUAGCAACUGAGAUGUUUUCAGCUGUGUCAAAGUUUUCCAAUAGUAACCCUUCAUCUAGUCUGCGUGAAGUCAGUUUCAUAGUUUAUCAAAAAGAUUUUCAAACUAUUCAGGCUUUUGAAAAUGCGGCGAGAAUAUGGUCAACAGGGAAAAGGGGCGCAACUGGAGGUAGAGAAGGCAGGCAAUAUGAUCUGUACGAAGAUUUACAAGGUAGAUUCCGUGAUUCAGAUGAUAAAAAUCCCUAUAUAAAACCAAUGGACACAGAUGAAGAGGAUGAUGACUUCUACCAAAGCUCAAACAUGCUAGGUGAUGGGGAGCAAGAUCAGUCAAGCAGAAGACAGAUCAUAGAGAAACAUGCCAAGAACCAAGAUCUGAAUAAAGUUACAUUCAUCAUUCUUGCGAUGUCUGAGCAUAUCAUUGAUCAAGCUAUAUCAAAGUUGGAAAGUUGUCUUGAUAAGGAAAUAACAUCUAGCAAUUUUAAUGACAGUAUUAUAAAGAAUAUGAAUGAUCAACAGAUUAUGGAAAUAAAAAAUGUGGCAACGAAACAUCAUCUGGACGUAAAGGUGGAAUCUUCUAAAGGUAUCAUACAAAUAACAGGAAUUUCUGCAAAUGUCAGUAAAGCUGCGGAUAAUAUGCAUAGGAUUUUGCGACACGCUGUAUCUGUCGAACAAGAAAGAAAAUCAGCGGAGUUGAAGAGUAACCUAGUCCAGUGGAGUUACAUUGAAAAUGAGGACACGGGACAGACUUUAAAACCAUAUGAUAAAGAGCUGAACUACAAGAUAGAGUGUGCUUACCUUUCAAAAGCUGAUUGCGUUAAAUUCAGGGCAGAUAAAACUAAUUACAUUCUCGACUUUUCAAAAAUGGAGGAGUUUCCAGAAGAUGAUCCAAACGAUAGUGUGACUGUGAUACGCGGGGAUCUUGUGAAACAGGGCGCAUUUGAAGCACCAGCACUUUGGGCAGAUAUGACUGGAAAUCUAAGAGUUGUUGUUUUACAGCCGACAAGUCAAGAGUAUACAGAUAUUGCACAAAAGUUCACUACUUCUUCUGGUGGCACUUUUACAGUUGUCAAGAUUGAGCGUAUUCAGAACAAGACUUUAUGGUCACAGUACCAGGCAAAGAAAAAACAACUGGAGGAUAAGAAUCCACCUAAUACAACAAAUGAGAGAUUGUUAUGGCAUGGUACAGCAGCUGAAACUGUUGACAAUAUCAACGCUUUUGGAUUUAACAGGAGUUAUUGUGGCAAAAAUGCAACGGUCUUUGGGGAUGGUGUAUACUUUGCAGUCAAUGCAAGUUAUCCAUGCAGUAAUACUUAUUCCCGGCCUGAUCCAAGUGGUGUAAAGAGGAUGUAUUAUUGCCGUGUACUAACUGGAGAAUAUACCCAGGGUACCAGAGGAAUGCGUGUACCACCUAUAAAGGGUGGUGCUGGUAGCACUGCUAUAUUCGACUCUGUUGUAGACAGACAAGAUACCCCGAUCAUGUUUAUCAUUUUCCAUGACACACAAGCCUAUCCGGAAUAUCUUAUAUCUUUUAAGCCACAGUAAAAAACUGUUAUAUGUGACAUUACAGUGAUUUAUUUUAAUCAAUAUUGAACAAUUAGUUAUAUGUGUCAUACUAGUUAUAUGUUUCAUACUAGUGAAAAGUUUAUUCAUUAAAUUGAUAAGUUAAAUUGAUUAGUUAAAUAUUUUACUGUUCUGUAUGUUUCUUGAAUACAAAUGUUGAUACUUUUGAAUGUUACAUUUUUGUGUGAGUUUCUUUAUCAUUACAAGUUGAUGUGUAUAUUGAUGUAUGUGACAUUUUAUUAUUAAGUUAAUUAUUAAUUUAGGUUAUAUCAGUGCUCCUUGUAAAUAAUUGUUAUUGCUUUUUUUAACAAAUUGAUAUGCAGUUCUAUAAUUAUGACAUUAAAAGACCUUCAUUAAUACAUAACAUACAAAUUUAAUUUCUGCUAUAUGUCACAUCAGCUUAAAUUCUGCGAUAAAUACUAAUUGUUACAUGUAAUAUUAUAAUGUUGAAUAUAUAUUUUUCACGAUUUCCUUCGUAAAUACUGUAUAAAAAAACAUGUAUUUUCUUCUUAAUUGCAUAUUUGGUUCCCUACUUGUUUCAGUGGUAAAGGUCUCUGAUUUGCAAUCAUUUGCCCUCACUGCGGUGGUUUAAAAUUCCAGACGGGAUUCUUUUUUGUGAGGAAGAAAACCAGCCAGGAUAUUGUUGUGUGAUGGUUUUAUUUGACUCCCUUUAUAAUAUUAAUGUCUGUUAUAAUUAAGGAAGGGGUAAAUGAGGGGCAUCUUCUCCAUAAGAACAAAAAUAUCUCCCCCUUUAGGACAUUUAAAGUGUUCAGUGUUUCAUUAACUUUAAAACCAAAGAAACAAUGUAAAUUGCAGUCUCAUUUGCUAUAUGUGAAAUUAAUGCUAUUUACUUCCCCAAUAUGAAUUGUUACAGUGUAAUUUUAGCUAAUAAGUGCAUUUUUAGCUAACUUGUUUUGUGGUCACUUUUCGUUCGUCGUCCGUCCGUCUGUUGUCCAUCACUAAACUUAAAGUUUAAACGACAUCUCCUCAUAAACCGCUUAGCCAAUUGCAUCCAAACUUCACAGGAAUGUUCCUUUGGUGGUCGGUCACCUUUAAAAAAUGUCCCUAUGCAGAACUCUGGAGACCAUGGCAACCAAAAGAAGAAAAAAAAAUCUUUUAAAAAACACAAAGAAUUAGAGCUUAGAUAUUUGGCAUGACACAUCUUCUAGUAAGUGUCUACCAAGUUUAUUCAAAUAAAAGCCCUGGGGUCAAAUUUAGCCAUGUCCCGGGGGUCAUUGAUUUUCCCUAUAUGUAUAUAGUAAAAAACAAAGAAAAAUCUUCUUUUAGAAAUCCUAAAGAGCUAGAGCUUAUAAUUAUAUUUUGUAUGAAACAUCUUCAAAUGGGUGUCUACCAAUAUUGUUCAAAUAAAAGCCUGGGGUCAAAAAUUGCCCCACCCCAAAAUUUUCUUUAAAAAAAACCAAAGAGCUAGAGCUUAAAAAUUAAGCAUGAAACAUCUUAUAAUGUGUGUCUACCUAGUUUGUGACAAUGAAAUACCUGGGGUCAAAGGUUGUGCCGCCUAAGUGGGUUAUUGAUUUUCCAAAUACAGUAUAGGUAUAGUAAAAAUAAAACAAACUUGAAUAAGCCAAAGAGCUAGAGCUUUUAUAUUUAGGAUGAAACAUUUUCUAAUGAGUGUCGACCAAGAUUGUUCAAAUAAAAGCCCUGGGGUCAAAUAUUGUCCUGCCCCAGGGAACUAUUGUAAAUGUAUAUAGUAAUAACUUCAAAAAUCUUUUAAAAAACCCAAAUAGCUUGAGGCUUAGAUAUUAAGCAUGAAAAAUUUUUCUUAUAGGUGUCUACCAAAAUUGUUCAAAUAAAAGCCCUGGGUCUCCAAUUGGCCCUGCCCCAGGGGGUCAUUGUUUUUUCUUAUAUGUACACAUCUUUAUGAACUGUUGUUUUACCUUAACAAUAGCAAUCAAUAAUUUUUACACAUGCACUUUUUCAGAUACAAAUAUGAACUUUGUGAUAUCAGUUUUAGAUGUUAUAUUGCUUUUUAUAGAUUACAAUAUUACUUGUGCCUUGUCAUGGAGAGUUUUAUAUUCAGGUGAGGGAUUUCUGGGCAUUCAUAGAUGUGAUGCAUGAUAUAAUAUGAAUAAUAUUUUUUAUACUUAUAAUUAAAUUACUCUUUUGGUCUGCCUCUGCCAUUAAACGUUGAUAAGCAUUUUAUAUCCUUAAAAAUUAUGGUGUGACUUAAUUAUAAUUGAAUUAUAAUUGACUUUACUUAAUACUUGUUUAUGUGUGACUGCGAAAAAGACAACAACAACAACAACAACAACAAUUUAUUUCAGCAUUAAGUAAUAUACAUUUACUUCUAGCCUACAAUAAUAUAAUAAUGUGUAUAGUGAUAGUUCAUAUAAAGAUUACAUAAGUGUUAUUAUUUAAGCAAAGGAGCUUUUGGUUAGUUACACGAGAUUCUUAGUUCAUUUUAAAUAGAUGAUUACUACUGUUCUAAUUCUGUUCUCCGUUUGUUAGCAAAAUAUAGAUAUUUAGAUAAAUUGAUAAUUUCUUUCUUAUUUUGAGACAUCAUUAACUUAUCAAAUUUUUGCAAUGUUGGCCAUGUAAAAUAAUAAGGCUUCAAAAAUGUGUGUCUUAAAUCUAUAUAUAUCGGGCAAGUAAGUAGAAAAUGGUACUCAUUUUCAAUGAGUAAAGAACGACAAAAUUUGCAAGUUCUUUCUAAUCUUGGAAUAUUAUAGUAUCUACCCCUCUUAAUUUCAAGAUUGUGUGAUGAUAGACGAAAUCUACUAUGAGCAAUUUUGAAACGUCUUUCUAAACUGUAAUAAUCAAGAUAAGGUUCGAUCGAAAAUGAAUAUUUUGUCCUACAAUAUGUUAAAAGUCUUUGAGAGUUAUUUAUUUCUGAAAACCAGGUUUGAUGAUAUUAGUCUAAUAUUCUUUGUUUUAUAAAUUCAAAAACAGGAAUAUGUUGAUAUUUAUGUAAAUCGUUCCACAUAUCUGAAAGACCCAGUUUGUUUAAUAUUGUUUUAAUUUGAUAUGCCCAGUUUUGGCCAUUAUAAGUUAUAUUGUUUUCUGCAUCUAGUUUUAGCAUAUUAUACAUUUGUUUUAUUAGUUUGUUGUCUUCAAAUUUUUGAAUUUUUAACCAAUACCUAAUCAUGUUUAUUUGUCUUACAAUAAUUAUUGGUUCUCUACCAAGUUCUCCAUAUAAUCCUGUCAGAUUUGUUGAUAUAUUAACAACUAGGAUUUUUCUGCAAAAUUUAGUGUGAAUCUUUUCAUUAUCACUACCUUCAAUAUUUCCCCAUACCUCCGAACAGUAAUUAAGAAUUGAUGCUACUAAUGAGUCAAAUAAUUUACAUUUUUCACUAGUUUUGAAUUCAUAUUGAUGAAGAAUAGCAAACAGUCUAUAAAGUGCUUUCGAUGCAUGUUCUGCUAUGCUUUUUUGUGUUCGUGACCAAUUUCCAUUUUUAAAAAGGUAUAUUCCCAAAUAUUUAAAAGACGUUACUAUUUUACUAAGUUUUUUGCCAUAAAGAUGAAAAUCAAAAUGUGUAGGUCUGCCUCUUUCGAAAAUCAUAACUUUGGUUUUAUCUAUGUUUAUUUUAAGUCCAAAGGUAUUACAGUAUAUUUCGAUGUCCUUAAGCAUGCUUUGUAAGGUGUCGGGAUUUGUAGUAAAUAAUACUUGAUCAUCAGCAUAUAAAAUCAAAAAUAGACUAAGCUCAUUUAAGGUGAAAAUCCCACCAAGGUCUGCAUUUAUAUUACUCAUUAGAUCAUUUACGAACAUCAUGAACAAUAGAGAAGAACUGGGGUCUCCCUGCUUAACGCCUUGAUGAGAGUUUAUAACAUCAUAAUGUACUACCCCAUUAUAUUUAAUAGAUGCUCGUACUACAGUGUACAUUGCUUUUAUAGCUUUUACCAUUUUUGUACUCACAUUUUCUGUUAUAAGUUUUUGCCAAAGAAAAGAACGAUUAAUUUUGUCGAAACAUUUUUCAUAAUCAAUAAAUAUGGAGUACAGCUUUUUACCCGAAUAAAUGACUUUUGAAAUAAUUGAGUGUAAAAGGAAUAUACAAUCAACUGUGCUCUUAUCCUUUUGGAAGCCAAAUUGACUAUUUACAAGUUUUUCGUGUUUUUCAGUCCAUAUUGUUAGCCAAUUAAGUAGAACCUGAGAAUAAAUCUUAGAUAAAAUAUUGUUAAGUGUUAUACCACGGUAAUUAUUUGCUAGUUUUGGGUCACCCCCUUUAAAUAUCGGAAAAAUAUAUCCUUCUCCCCAGAUUUCCGGGUAUUGUCCAUUUUUAAAUAUUUGGUUAAAGAUUGAUAAAAGAAAAGGAGAAAUUUCACUGUAUGAAGAUUUAAUAAUUUCUGCCGACACACCGUCCGGUCCGGUAGCUUUAAAAUUAUUUUGUUUAAAUACAGACUGCGAAAAAGACUACAAGGCUUCUUAAACAAAAUCAAAUGUUGAAAGCCAAUAUAUUUAUAGAUACGUCUUUGUAUGUUAGUUGUUACAAAUAAAGAUAGUGUAUUUAUUUUAUAUACAGAAUUAUGAUAAAUUUAUUUUGUUGUUAUUUCAUAUAAGCUAAAAUUGAUCAUGUAACUUUGUUCUGUAAGUGAUGCUUGAAAGUUUUUUAACUAUUUGAUUUAAUAUUUAAUCUAUUUUAUAUCAGUGCUCUUAAGUAUUAAGUAUAAAAAAUAUCUCUAUGAUUUUUGUAAACCAUAGUUUGGCAAAUAAAGCUGGCACUAAAUACUGUAGUUUAUGGUGUUCUACAGAGAGCAUUGUAUGCACGUGUAGAUAAAAAUUGUCAUAUAUGUGAUGCAUGAUAUAAUAUAAUAAGAAUAAACGUUGUGAUUUGAUUUGAUUGUUUGUGUUAUGUGUUAACAGCAUGUGAAUCUGAACAUGAUGAUAUGACAUUCUUGUUCGUGGUUAU